AUGGCUGCAGUCGCUAAGGGCAGAUCAUCGCGCCGGUCUGCUCCCCGUCGGAGCUAUGUUGUCGAAGAUACCUCUGAAUCCGAAGACCCCGGAAAUGUCACACCUACACCCGAUACGCAUGAUGACGAAGAAGAAGCCGAGGAGGAGGAUUACACCCCCGUUCCCAAGAAGGCAAAGAGAACCUCCAAGAGUCUGAUGACCUUAGAACCGAAGACACCUACUACCGCACGUCCUGCCAAAAAAGCCCAAGAAGCGAUAACGGAUGAUUCCGAUGCGUCGCAAAUGGACACCGAGGAGAAUGAAACGAAUGAUGAACAUGACGAGAACGACGAGAACGAUGAGGGCGUUAGUAUCGCAUCGAUCGAAGCCGAUCCUGAGUCCCCAUCUAGAAAUGCGGCUUUGAAAAGAAAAAGUAUGCCCCGCAAGAGUCGCGGCUCAAUCACACCCAAGCCGGCCAAGGGCUCACUCCCUACUCCAGAGCCAUCCGAAUCGCCAGAACCUCAAGCGCGAGCACGCGCAAGUGUGCCACCUUUGUCCGACAUCACUGAGUCCGCCGUGAACCAAUCGCCCGCGAAAGAAUCGGACGAACCCAAGUCUCAGAUUUCCAUUAUCAACCCGAACUCGACUGUCUUGGAGAAACCCAUGGAUAUCGUCGCGAAGUCAAGGACACAGAUACCCACGGCCCCUGAAGAACCCGCAGCACCAAAGCCCCGAAUGAUUAUUGAAAAUCUUAUUCUGACAAAUUUCAAGAGUUACGCGGGAAAGCAAAUUGUCGGACCCUUCCACGCCUCCUUCUCGUCCGUCGUCGGACCCAACGGCUCCGGAAAGUCUAACGUUAUUGACUCGCUACUCUUUGUGUUUGGUUUCCGUGCUAGCAAAAUGCGACAGGGCAAAAUUUCUGCUCUUAUUCAUAACUCUGCUCAGUAUCCAGACCUCGCCUUCUGUGAAGUUGAGGUCCAUUUCGCACAAGUCCUUGAUUUGCCCGAAGGCGGAUCUGAACUUGUCCCAGAUUCCCAACUGAUCGUUUCUCGACGCGCCUUCAAGAACAACACCAGCAAAUACUACAUGAACAAAAAGGAAACCAACUUUGCAACUGUUGGAGCGUUCCUCCGCGACCGAGGAAUUGACCUCGAUCACAAGCGAUUCUUGAUUUUGCAGGGUGAGGUCGAGUCUAUUGCUCAGAUGAAACCGAAAGCAGCCAACGAACACGAUGAAGGCUUGUUGGAAUAUCUAGAGGACAUCAUCGGAACCUCAAAGUAUAAGACACCUAUCGACGAAGCUGCGACCGAGCUCGAAACCUUGAACGAUGUCUGCGUGGAGAAGAACAACCGCGUCCAGCACGUAGAAAAAGAGAAGACCGCCUUGGUGGAUAAGAAGGACAAAGCUCUGGCAUAUAUUCGGGAGGAGAACGAAUUGGCUCAGAAGCAAUCCGCACUUUACCAGAUUUACAUUGACGAGUGCGCCGACAACGUCCGCGUUACAGAAGAGGCUAUUCUUCAGAUGCAGGAGCUGUUGAACAUGGAACUCGAGAAACACGAGGGAAAUGAAUCCGGCAUUAAAGAGAUUGAAAAGGCCUACAAGAAAGGUGUUCGCCUUUACGAAUCUAUGGAGAAGGACACACAGGCCUUGCUCAAAGAGAUGGCUAAGUACGACAAAGAGUCGGUGAAGUUUGAGGAAAAAAAGAAGUUCUUGCUUGGCAAGCAAAAGAAGCUUGAAAAGGCAAUGCAAACCAGCCGACUUGCUGCUUCGGAAUGCCAGAGUUUGGUCGAGAAGUUUACCGACGACAUUGAGAAGAAGACUGCCGAGACUACCCAGCUUGAAAUGGAAAUGUCAACGGAGGAGAAGGAACUCAACACAAUCCGCGAGGGCCUCAAGGGCAAGACCCAGGGCCUAUCUGAUCAAAUUGCCGCGAAGCAGAAGUCCCUCGAGCCCUGGAACGAGAAGAUCAACCAAAAGCAAUCUGCAGUUGCUGUCGCCGAGAGUGAACUUGACAUCUUACGUGAACGUAGCAACGCUGGAACUGUUCUUCUUGAGGAGGCACAGGCCAAGAUUGGGACGAUCGAGGAAAGUUUGCAGUCCAAACAAAACGACCUUGAAGAGCGACAAGCCCAGAAAGAAACCCUGGAGUACGAGGUGGAAAAGUUCAAGCACGAUCUCAAGAAAUACGCUGGCCGUGAACCCGAGGUUCGUUCACAUGUAUCGAGUGCCCGUCAAAAGGCCGAAGAUGCUCGCGCCAGCCUAGCAAGUACUCAGAACAGUGGAAGUGUCUUGACUGGCUUGAUGCGACUCAAAGAGUCUGGUCGUAUCGAUGGAUUCCAUGGCAGACUGGGCAACUUGGGUACUAUCGACGAAAAGUACGAUAUCGCAAUCUCCACCGCUUGUCCUGCUCUCAACAAUAUGGUUGUGGAAACUGUCGAGGUUGGUCAGCAGUGUAUCGACUACUUGCGGAAGAACAACCUUGGCCGAGCCAACUUCAUUCUGCUUGACCGUCUCCCCCGCCGUGAUAUGUCCACAAUUUACACACCCGAGAGUGUUCCGCGUCUCUUUGAUCUCGUCAAGCCCAAGGAUGAAAUGUUCGCACCUGCUUUCUACAGUGUAAUGCAAAAUACCUUGGUUGCCAAGGACCUUGAGCAAGCCAACCGUAUUGCCUAUGGUGCUCGCCGGUGGCGAGUGGUGACUCUUGAUGGUCAAUUAAUUGAUGUGUCAGGAACAAUGAGUGGUGGUGGAACACGUGUCGCCAAGGGUGGCAUGUCUUCAAAACAGGUCGCAGAGGUCACAAAGGAUCAAAUGGCUCGCCUGGAGACUGAUCUCGAGGAUCUCGAGAGGAAAUUCCAGGCCUUCCAAGAAAAGCAGCGAAAUGUCGAAGCUCAGAUGCGGGAAAGACUCGAAGAAAUCCCGCGCGUGGAGACUAAGAUCCAAAAGAUCAUGAUCGAGAUUGAAAGUACCAAGCGUAGCCUCGUUGAUGCCCAAAGACGCGUCAAAGAGCUAGGCGCGCAGCACCAGCCAUCGGACUCUGAUGAAGGCCAAAUCGCUGCCCUCGAGAAACAAAUCGCCAAGGCCGAGAAAGAGAUCGAUAUGCUCAACGACGAGAAAAGUGGCAUCGAGGAGGAGAUUUCCACUCUUCAGAGCAAGAUCAUGGAGGUUGGUGGUGUUCGGCUUCGUGGCCAAAAGGCCAAGGUCGACGGCCUUAAGGAGCAAAUCGGCAUGCUUGCUGAAGAAAUAUCCAACGCCGAGGUCCAACAAUCCAAGAACGAGAAGCUUAUCAAGAAACACUCGAAAUCUCGCGACGACUCAGAGAAGGAGAUUGGUCAAAUCACCGACGAUCUAGAGAAGUUGGAAGAGGAUGUCUCCAACAAGGACAAUGACGCUUCCGAGUGGAGACAGAAGGCCGAGGAUGCCCAAGAGGCAUUGGAAACCAAGAAGGGCGAGCUCCAGACCAUGAAAGAGGAACUUGACGCGAAGGUUGCCGAGCUUAAUGAGACACGGGCCACCGAGAUUGAGAUGCGCAACAAGCUAGACGAGAAUCAGAAGGCUUUGACUGAAAACCAAAAGCGCAGUCGCUACUGGGAAGAGAAGCUGUCCAAGCUGACCGUCCAGAACAUCAGCGAUAUCGGCGAGGAGCAGGAGCCCACAGAGCUUCAGAUGUACACGAAGGAUGAGCUCGAGGCCAUGAACAAGGAGUCACUGAAGGCAGUCAUUGCUGCCCUAGAAGAGAAGGUUCACAAUGCCUCCGUUGAUCUAUCGGUCAUCGAGGAAUACCGUCGCCGUGCUGCUGAGCACGAAUCACGUUCAGCGGAUCUAAACACCGCAUUGGCAUCCCGCGAUGGUGCCAAGGCCCGUUUGGACGGACUUCGAUCCUCUCGUUUGAAUGGAUUCAUGGAAGGAUUUGGCAUCAUUUCUUUGCGCCUGAAGGAGAUGUACCAAAUGAUCACCAUGGGAGGUAACGCCGAGUUAGAGCUGGUAGACUCCUUAGACCCCUUCUCGGAAGGUAUUCUGUUCUCAGUCAUGCCUCCUAAGAAGAGCUGGAAGAACAUCGGCAACUUGUCUGGCGGAGAAAAGACUUUGUCCAGUUUGGCGCUGGUCUUCGCUCUGCACCACUACAAGCCUACCCCGCUCUAUGUCAUGGACGAGAUUGAUGCCGCUCUGGAUUUCCGAAACGUUUCUAUCGUCGCCUCUUACAUCAAGGAGCGGACGAAGAAUGCACAAUUCAUUGUCAUUUCCUUGCGAAACAACAUGUUCGAACUUGCCGCCCGACUGGUCGGUGUCUACAAAGUCAAUCAUAUGACAAAGAGCGUAACAAUUGAGAACCGGGAUUAUAUCACGGGUCGGUAA